CACCUCACGCACCUGCGCACAACUGGAAAACUGUCAACUUCCUGUUUCCGGUGUAAACAAAAAAAUCAUGCAGAUAAACAUGAUAAAGUAACUUUGAAAAGCUAGAAUAAACUUUUACAGAACUAAAUUAAGAUGAAGUUCUAUGUGCACACAGAAGAACCACCAUUUACCGUGGUGGUAAAAUGGGGCGACAGUGAUGACCAAGACUUGAAUAAGAUCGUAAAGAUUUUCAUGAGUAACUUUGAGAAGAGGUAUCCUACAGAGGCAUGUAAAAUAGAUAAAUCAACCAUUGAACUAUGGAAAGGGAGAAAGUCUUUGAAUCUAUCUGGCAAUGUUCUUCAAGCAAUAAAGAAUAUGGAUGACAUAUACGUCAAAUGGAAAUCCAUAUCAACUGAUAACAAUGCACAAAUAACAGGAAAUCAUUCAGCAAAAGAACUUGAUACAUCAGAUUUGGUAAAAUCAGAAAAUCAAGACGAUUCAUUGGAGAAGAACCAUUCUUCAAAGAAAAAGACUCCACCUUACUCAAUUCAAGAAUUUCUGGAAUUAGCUACAGCCUUGUCCACUAAGCAACAGCGUCAACAUGCAAUAGUUCUGUUUAAAGACAUUCUAAAAAAAGAGCCCACAAAUCAAACAGCUCUCAUUGGCAUUGCUGACUGUUACAUGAAUGCUGGUAGAUCAUCUGAUGCAUUGCCAUACUUGCAGCAAGCUCAAAGUACAAAUGAUCUUGCUUUCAGACUUGGACAAUGCUAUGUGAAGAUGGGAGAGUAUGACAAAGCCAUUGAUACCCUGAUAGGGUACUGUAAAGAACUGCGGACCAGAGGGGGUACAUCAGCAGCCCACAAACAGGAUGUGCAGGUAUGGUUGGCAAAGGCAUACAUUGGGAAGAAACAAACAGACAUGGCUCUAGUUGUGUUACAGGGGGUACUGAGGGAAAACCAAGAGCACCUUGAUGCUUUGACAGAGUAUGCUCCCUUGAUUUACCGUCUUGGUCCAAAACAGAAGGAUGAAGCAAUGACGAUCCUACUGACUGUGUUAGUCAAUAAACUAAAUGAUAAUCAUGUAAAGGAGAAAUUUGCAUAUUUAUGCCAACAAGAACAUGGAAUGCAGGUGUUGGAGAGCAUGUCUGGUCCAGCUUGGAGGGACGUCCCUGCCGUGGUGUUUAUGGCAACCAGUCUCAGAGAUGCAGGAGCCAUUGAACAAGCUGAGGCAUUGUUGAAGCAUGCAUGUAUGCUGCAGCCAGAAAAUCCUCACACAUUGUUAACAUAUGUCCACACCCUAGAGCUUGUAGAGAAACAUACAGAAGCUGUCCAAGAAAUAAUGGCCUAUAUAAAGCAGUGGCCAGAUAAAGAAAUUGGCAGUUUUAAGAUUGGCAGUCUCUUGCCAAUUCUAAAUCAUUUUAAUGGUGAUGUGUACCUUAAUGUUCCAGAUGGGAAUAUACCCUGUUCUUCUGUUUCCAUGGAAACCUCAUCAGGGCCCUAUUUAGAGGACACUAACUACCUUCUUGCCAUCCUGUUUACUCUAGUCAAGAUACUGUUUGUCAAGGGAGCUGUGGCUUUUAUAAGACCGAUCACAAAUAUUAUUGAUCCAUUAACAAAGGGCCAUGAGCUCCACAAGACAAACAUCAGAAACGAAGCUGCUUACUUUUCUUGUAUAAGCCAGUUACAGGGAAUAACUCCGGAGGUAAACCAUGUGGUUCCCUCCCAGCAGAAUGUGUACUUUGUCGGUGACAGCCACUGUGUUCCUCCUGCAUGGCAGGCCAUCCAAAUCAAGGGAGAAGACAGGAUUGUACAUCCCAUCCUAUCCACUGGAACAAAAAUUUGGCACCUGAGAGAGGAGAGCACGUUUUACCCCAAGUACAACUUUAAUUCUGCCAUUACGAAGAUCCCAGAUGGUGCUAUGACCAUCUUCUGUUUUGGAGAGAUUGACUGCAGAGAAGCUCUUCUAUUGUGUGUAGAAAAAGCUAAAUAUGAUAGUUUGGAGGAAGGAAUCGACCGAGUGAUUGACAUCUAUGUUACCUUGCUGACCAGACUUCAGAAUCUCCACCACUGGGACAUCUAUGUACAUCCUGUGCUACCUGUGCUUGACCUAACUAGGUCAUUGGUGAUGCAGUUUAAUCAGAGGCUGAAGGACAGGCUAAUGUCGCAGGAUAGCCUGAAAUGGCUGAACUUUGUAGACAACUUGUUAACAAAAGAGAGUGGAGAACUCAAAUUAAAAAAGCAGUUUGAGUUUGAUGGAACACAUGUUCAUCCAUGUUACCUUAAACUUCUAGAAGGAUCUCUGCAAGGGCUAGUCUAAUUCCAUGGAGUCACUUUACAUACUCUUUUUAACAUUCCCUGUGUGUUGACCACGACUCAAGUAAAGUACACAGAGAAACACUGUAUCAAGUUGGGAACAUUAUUGCCAUGAAUGAACAAUUAUUUUAUUUUGGGCAUUUCUUAGUAACAGUAUUUUUGUCUCAUUGAAUUUGUUGUGCCAUAUUUACAAUAUAUUGCAUGGAGCUAUCGUAUAGAGGCUUUUUGUUUUCUUAUUAAGCAAUAAUGAUAUCAAUUUUAUUUUUAAAGUAGUCCGAGUAUCGCACUACGUCAUAAUACGGAUUUUACAAUAUUGGUUCGACUUUUACAAAGCGUUUUUGAUACCCGGUAUUGAUUUUGCUGUUGUAAACAAUGGCAAUAAUAAUUAAGCAAUUAGAACGGUAAUAUAUGUAUUCUAUGAGAGAUAGAAAUGAUUAAUGUUGAGAAACUCGAUUCUGUUAAAGUAAAAUGAAAAACGAAGUUUCUGAUUAACCAGGAUCUCAGGUAUGCUUAUAUCUUCUUUGUUUUGACCCCCAUCCCCCCCCCCC